AUGAUGCAAAAUUGAGGAGGUAAUUUUAAGCAGUAUGCCCCACCAAGAUCUGCAGGUGAAUCCAAUAAGGCAGCCACAUUCAAGAAAGGCAAAGAGAGAAGGCCUGAUUCGAGACUUUACUUAAGAAAGAUUACAGAACAGCCUAAAGAACCUUUUGGUAAAUCAAUUGGCUUAAAUGGUUAUGAGAGGUUUGAUAGUGACAAAAUUGAUACAAGGGUUGGCGAUGGCAAAGAGUUUGAAACUCAGCGUUAUUGUGAUGGACAUGAUAGGCCAACAACUUCUAAUGAAAAAGAUCAUUGUCACAACCAGCCUACCCUAUCGAAUAGAUCUCGUAAUCAUAAAUCAAGAGAGAAUCGAGGAAUCAACUUCACACUUAACUCACAAAUGAAUCAUAAGAGAAUCAAAGAGGAAACUCAUGAGAACAGAGAGAAAGACAAUGGCUGAACUUACAGUCAACCAACUGUACAUCCAAGGUUUCAGUUCCCUACUAACAAGCUGUCUUAGAGAUGAUGUAUCCAGUGAUUC